UCGGCGGAGAGGCCAUGCCGCUGGACCACCGCCGGGUGCCCGGGCCGGAGGAGUCGCAGUCGCCGCUGCUUUUCGUGCCCUCGUCCGCGCAGGAUGGCGAGGCGCCGCCGGCGCAGGAGGCGAGCCGGGACCCGACGGCGCUGCAGCCGCUCUUCGCCCGCGUGGGGCUGCUGAGCCAGGCGAAGGGCUCGGCCUACGUGGAGCUGGACGGCGGCACCAAAGUGCUGUGCGCCGUGGCCGGCCCGCGCGAAGCGGCAGGCGGCGGCGGCGGCGGCGGCGGCGAGCCCCGCGGCCGGCUGGUGUGCGAGUUCCGCCGGGCGCCCUUCUCGGGGCGCGGCGCCCGCUCGCGGCCCGGCGAGCGGGAGCCGGAGCUGAGCCUGGCGCUGCAGGAGGCGCUGGAGCCGGCCGUGCGCCUGGCGCGCUACCCGCGGGCGCAGCUGGAGGUGAGCGCGCUGGUGCUGCAGGACGGCGGCUCGGCGCUGGCGGCCGCCCUCUGCGCCGCCGGCCUGGCGCUGGCCGACGCGGGCGUGGAGCUCUACGACCUGGUGGCGGCCUGCGCGCUCUGCCGGCCGCCCUCGGGGGGCGAGUGGCUGCUGCAGCCCCGCGAGGCCGAGGAGCGCGCCGCCGCCGCCCGCCUCACCGUGGCGCUCCUGCCCUCGCUCAACCAGGUGGCCGGCCUGCUGGGCAGCGGCCAGGGCGGGGCCCCCGACAGCUGGGCGCAGGCCCUGCGCCUCGCCCUCGACGGCUGCCAGCGCCUCUACCCGCUGCUGCGCCAGAGCCUCCUGCGCGCCGCCAAGCGCGCCGCGACCGCUGAGCCGUCGGAGGAGGAGGACGCGGCCGAGGCGCCUGCUGCCACCACCGGGACUUAGAAGAGGCACGGCUCAGCUUCGGGCUGCAGGCGGGACCCUAAUUUUUCCCCAGCCACCUUCCACUCUUGGAAUCUGUUCUAACAAGGUAUCCAAAGACAAACAUCACAGUACCGUUGCCAUCCAACCACUAACUGCUGCGCUGGGCUCUGGUGCCUAUGAGAGUGGCAGAGCCUCAGCAUUGGGCAUCAGGCGGGACUCUUAUUUUUUCCAGCCGUCUUGGAAUCUCUAACAUGGUAACCAAAUAUGAAGAUCACAGUACUGUUGGCAGCUAAUAUCUAAAUGCUGGGCUGUGGUCCCCAUUAGAGCGGCAGAGCCUCAGCACUGAGCAACAGAUGUGACCCGCUGCUUCCAGCCAUCUCCGCUCUUGGAAUCUUCAAAUCUGGAUAUCUGCAGCCCAGGUUGGGCCCAUGCCUCUUCUCCCUCUUUUUUGCCAGUGCCGCCCUCCCUGCCUCCUUCAUGAGGGACAGGGCACACAUUUCCUCUGGCUGGUCAUAGGAUCCACUGGCACGAGCCUUUGACAGGCUGGCGAUAGAAGGAGACUCUAGAAACUGCAGAGAAUGACAUUUGUGAGCAAGUUUCAGCAGAGGCUUGGAUGAACGGCAUCUUCUACCUGCUGUUAAAAGACUGCUGAAUACCUAUUACUUUGUGGAUUUGGGGGCGGGGGAUUUCUAUGAAUAGAUAAUGCUGAACUGGAUUCGUGCUACAGAGCUUGGCAUGGGGCAACAGACAUGACCCACUUUUUCCAGCCAUCUCCCACUCUUAGAAACUGUUCCAUUGAGGUAUCCAAAUCCAAGAUCUACAGCCUGGGUUUGUUGGGCCAAUGCCUCUUCUCUGCCUCCUUUGCAAGCACCCCCCUCAGUCCCUUCAAGAGGAAUAGGCCACCCAUUUUCCAUCGGUCAGCCAUUGAAUCCACUGGCAAGAUGAACCUCUGAUAGCAGUAGAAGGAGACUCUAGAAACUGCAGAGAAUGACAUUUGUGAGCAGGUUUCAGCAGAGGCUUGGAUGAACGGCAUCUGUGGAGAGACCACUGCGCAUGUGUGACUUUGUGCUUUGCUACGAUAGAUUUAGGGGAAACUUGGAAGAUGGGGGGGCGGGGGACAUAUAUUUUUGUGAAUAGAUUAAUGGAAUUAGUUGUUUGCGGCAGAUAAGAUUUUGAAUGUUUUUCCAUCUGAGCUUUUCAAUAUGAUGCCUGGUGUGUGACUCCCCCCCCCCAAAGCUGCCUUUUCACUUUUUUGUGGAAGUCUUUAAAAUGGGACAGAUUAAAAAAAAAUUUUUUUUAAUUCAUUGGUCAAAAGAAUUGGCUUGUGAGCAUGUUCUUGCAUCCUGCUUACUUAGGAGGAAGUCUCAGUUUAACCCCAUGCUUAAAAACAAGAAAAAUGCUUACACUUUUUUCCUCUUGGGGAAGUUCUCAAGUUUCUGUAGGCAGUUAAACCACGUUUACAUGUAUGUGUAAAUCCACUUGAGUUACUUUUUCUAUUUAAAAUAAGCAUCUUUGUUAUUACAAAUGGACUGCUCUGUGGAGCAGGUUAUUUCAUAGUUAUUUUUGCAAAUAAAGGAUAUAAACAAUAAAAUUUUGUGCUUAAAAGGGUAUCUGCAAAACUGGGCUCCUUCCUGCAGAAGUCAGGUGCGCAUCAGUAAAUACUAGAGAGUAAUGUUGUAUGUGGACUUGGCAGAGACUGGUUACUUGUUGCUGGUUAUAUGUGCAGGAAGUAUCUCUGAUGUGACUAUCUUCCAAACAUGAAUCUGGUGUGGAUCUCAUAAGCAUGGUUUGAGAAUUUGUUCUUCUGGAAGGAAAAGCAGGGUGGGUUUUUUGUUGUUACCUAUUAUUUAGCUAAUAUCGUCAUUGUGCACAAUGUUUUAUAGAAUCUGUGCCAUAUCCCUACCCCAAGGAGUGUACAGUCUAAAAUUGGAACUAAGGAAGGGAGCCAAGACAGCAGGGGAUAGCCUGAGAGAGAGAGAAAUAUUUCUCUACACACCUAAGCUUAGUUUCAGUAAGUAGAUGGAUUUAGGGGUUGUGCGGUGCCUAACCUGUGAUAAUCUGUAAAUCAUAAUUUCUGGCUCUUUUCAUAUUUCACUGGGGCAUGCGAGUUUAUAUGGCGCUGAGGAAAUUGUGAGUCCACAUGUGGAAGAACAGAAUUAUUUUCAUGCGAGAAAGAAAGGAUCACUGAGAAAGGGACUUGUAAAAUACUAGAGUAGGGAGGGGAAAUGGGCAGAAAGAUACUGGUAAGCCAAGCUGCCAGUGAAUUUAAUCCCCAGCACAUUGAAUUUGCCCUAGGAUGUUUUUUUAAAUAGGGGUGCAAUGCUCUCAUGUGUGGUGAGGUGAGAGGGCUACCUCCAUUGAGGGAUUUGGGAUGUUUAUAAAGGUAAUAAGGGUUUGCACUUUAAAUGUUUUGAAAAGAACACUUAAAAAUGUUAAAAGGAUAUUUUAAAAUGGCCCAUGGAGCAGGAGUAUGUCCCUGGAUACAGCUAGAGAGCCAGCGUGGUUGUAGUGGUUAGAGUGUCAAGACUACAAUCGGUCUGAAUCCUCACUGUACCAUUGAAGUUUGCUGGGUGAUCUUAGAACAGUCAGCCACUCCCAGCCUAGCCUACCUCACAGGGUCGUUGUGAAGAUAAAAUAGAGGCGGAGAAUAAUGUGAGCCACCUUGAGUCCCCAUUGGGGAGAAAAGUGGGUUAGGGAAUGAAGUAAAUAGGCAUGUACCAUGGGGGAACAUACCCUAGAACCUUUUUUCGGGCGAUGAGGCCCUCUUUAACAAGAUGGCUCCCCUCAGAGCAACCUUUCUCGAAAGCUUGUGGGCGGGGCAUGUGGCUGGAUGCAUCUGGGAAGGGCUUUUAAUGCUGCUAGAGGAAGAGGAGGCUGCCAAACUGGUGCUGAGCUCUUAAUACCGUGUACAACAAAAUAGAGCAACACGGUAAUGUAAUUGUCACAACAGAGAAUCUCCCGUGUGGUAUUAUGUCUUCACAAU